CUCCUCUUGCUCCUUCCAACAAGGAAGGAAAAAAGAGAAGGAACCAGACGCUGCACACAUCAUCAUCUUCUCCCGGUUUUGGUUUGGUUGGUUAGCUUAGCUAAGGAAGGACGACGUAGACGUGUGCGUGCAUGGGGCUCCUUGACCAGCUCUGGGACGACACGGUGGCCGGGCCGCGGCCGGACUCCGGCCUCGGCAAGCUCCGCAAGUACGCCUCCUUCUCCCCGUCCUCCUCCUCGGCGAUGGCGUCGCCUUCACCCGCCUCGGCGGCGGCGGCGGCCGACGUGCCGGCCGUGACGCGCAGCAUCACCAUCCUCCGCCCGACGGCGCUGUCCGUCACGUCGCCGCGCAGCGAGUCGAGCUCCUCCACGCCGUCGUCCCCGGCCAGCGUCCCGGACUCCCCCUUCGGCUCCGCGACAACGCCGAAGGGGGAGGCCUGGAAGAAGAUGCGCCGGAGAGCAGCGAGGAUGGCCGACGGCGUGGACGCCGGCGGCCAGCCCAGAAGCCCCACCGUCUACGACUGGGUGGUGAUCAGUUCACUCGACAGGUGAACGAACCACUGAAUUAAUCUGCAUCCGACGAGAAACUGAACACGAGCAAACCAAAAAAACUGCUCUCUUCAGUUAAGUUUCAGCUCGUCGAACCAGAGUAUGUGUUCAGUUAUCUGCACUACUACAGACCCUGCUGAUACUGCAGCCAAGGAUGUAUAUGCGUAUGCAUGCUUGUACUACCGCCGUAUACAUAUACGUACGUGUACGUAGAUCGAUGCAGAGAAGUCUUAGCAGAGGAGUGGUCGGAGUACGUACGUACGUACGUACACGACGCGACGAUGAACUGAUUAUACAUACAUAUAUGGCACUGGUGUUGUGUAUUAUACGCCUGUAUAUACGGUCCUAGCUAGCUGGAGGGAGAGUGCUUAUGUAUCUGUUUAAUUAAAUUAGUUCUCCCCUGCUAAUGGUGUGUAAUAAUCUGUAUUGUACUCCACUGCUUUCUUGUUCUCCAGAUUUUCUGAGGGAGAGAACAGAGAUGAGAAGUUUUCCCCUGUGUUUGUGGAAUAUGUAAAUAAGAUGGCUGCAUAGCAGCAGUAUAAGAAUGUAAAAAUGAGUGAGCAAUAAUACACGUUGAAAAUAAUGUUAUGAACCUGUA